UGAUGUUUCUGUACAGAGAGUGGUCCAAAUCUGCAGCUCGUUCCGGAGGUUUCCGCUGCGCUUUUCGGAAUCUUAUUUUUUAAUUAUUAUUUUAGAUUAAAUUUAAACGGAUGAUUAGAAGGACACCAUGGUUGUGAAUUCCGUGCACUGGUUCCGCAAAGGUCUGCGGCUGCACGAUAACCCGGCUCUCCAGGAGGCCCUGAGCGGAGCGGACACGGUGCGCUGUGUUUAUAUCCUGGACCCCUGGUUCGCUGGAGCCGCUAAUGUCGGAAUCAACCGAUGGAGGUUUCUGCUGGAGGCUCUGGGGGAUCUGGACAACAGUCUGAAGAAGCUCAACUCCAGGCUGUUUGUGGUCCGAGGACAGCCCACCGAUGUCUUCCCCAGACUCUUUAAGGAGUGGAACGUGACCCGGCUCACCUUCGAGUUGGACCCUGAGCCGUACGGGAAGGAGAGGGACGGUGCCAUCAUCAAGAUGGCGCAGGAGUUCGGCGUGGAGACGGUGGUCAGGAACUCCCACACUCUCUACAGCCUGGACAGGAUCAUCGAGAUGAACAACAACAGCCCCCCGCUGACCUUCAAGCGCUUUCAGACCAUCGUGAGCCGGCUGGAGUUACCCAGGAGACCCCUGGCUCCCGUCAGCCAGCAGCAGAUGAGCAGAUGUCUGACCAACAUAUCUGACAACCACGACCAGCUCUACAGCAUCCCCUCCCUGGAGGAGCUGGGUUUCAGGACGGAGGGCUUGCCUCCAGCUGUGUGGCGGGGGGGAGAGUCCGAGGCGUUGGAGCGACUGGGCAAACACCUGGACAGGAAGGUGUGGGUCGCCAGCACCCGGGUCAAGACUUGCUCUCUGUACGCCAGUCCCACGGGCCUCAGCCCCUACCUGCGCUUCGGCUGCCUGUCCUGCAGGGUCCUGUACUACAACCUGAGAGAGAUCUACAUGAAGCUGUGUAAGCGCAGCAGUCCUCCUCUGUCGCUGUACGGUCAGCUGCUGUGGAGGGAGUUCUUCUACACGGCCGCCACCAACAACCCAAACUUUGACCGCAUGGAGGGAAACCCCAUCUGUGUGCAGAUCCCCUGGGACCAGAACCCAGAGGCGCUGGCCAAGUGGGCCGAGGGUCGCACCGGUUUCCCCUGGAUUGACGCCAUCAUGACCCAGCUGAGGCAGGAGGGCUGGAUCCACCACCGGGCCCGGCACGCCGUGGCCUGCUUCCUGACCCGGGGCGACCUGUGGAUCAGCUGGGAGAGCGGCAUGAAGGUGUUCGAGGAGCAGCUGCUGGACGCAGACUGGAGCGUGAACGCUGGCAGCUGGAUGUGGCUCUCCUGCAGUGCCUUCUUCCAGCAGUUCUUCCACUGCUACUGUCCCGUGGGCUUCGGCAGGAGGACCGACCCGUCUGGAGACUACAUCAGGCGGUACGUCCCCGUCCUGAAGGACUACCCCAACCGCUACAUCUACGAGCCGUGGAACGCCCCCGAGUCCCUGCAGAAGACCGCCAACUGUGUGGUGGGCGUGGACUACCCCAAACCCAUGAUCAACCACGCCGAGGGCAGCCGGCUCAACAUCGAGCGCAUGAAGCAGGUCUACCAGCAGCUGUCCCACUACAGAGGACUGAGUCUUCUAGCUUCAGUUCCUACGAUCCAGGAGGAGGCGGAGCCACCGAUGACAGAUGAGUCUCAGAGCAGCAGUGGACCAGGUAUGAGGACACCUGGUCAGGUGUCAGAUGAUGUAAUGUUGGACACCUGGUCAGGUGUCAGAUGAUGUAAUGUU